GCUUUGGAUGCUCAGUGCACAUUGCACAGCAGGAGGCACAUAACGGUAGCAGAGCUUUGACAUAUCGGCAGUAAGAGUCAUAGGCCUACAUCAGCAGCAGCUCUAGAAUGUUUUUACUUUUUUUAUUUUUACAGUAAAAUUUAUAUGAUCACAAAGAAAGCAUCACUCAUACAUGCAAAGAAUACAAAAUAUUAUUUUUUUAGGGCUCUUGGGGGCCCCCUAUUGGCCGCGGGGCCCUAAGCAGGCGCUUAAUUCGCUUAAGCCUCUGUUGCUGACUGGCAUUUAUAUUUAUUUUCCUCAAUGAAAUUAAUACCGGUGCUGAUAGACAGGGUAAAUGAUGUUCAGUUGUGUAUUUUUGUGCGUGUUCAUAUACUUAAUUCCACCCCUGCCGUAAUCACUACGCUGGAGGGGGCCACCUCAAGGUACGUAAGUUUGAACAGCCCCUGUCACACAGAGUUCACUGUACCACUGUCACUAUUUACCACUAUCACCACUGUACCACUAUUUGUGUGCUUUCUAAAUUUCGUUAUCUAACACCUUAUAACCCCUUGCCUAACAGAUCAGAGACGUUUGAAAUGAAGCACAGCAACACACUUUCAGUAUUUCUACGGGCAUACCCAUGAGUGUAGGUGGACGCCAGUGAUGUUUACUUGGCUACGUGCAGACGUCAAAGCGCAUACAUCGUAUCCCAGCAUGCAGCAGGAGGCCGUUGAGGGAUCCAGCAGCUGGUAGUGAGUUGCUAGAGCGCCGAGCAGGCAGCAGCCAACGGUCAACACAGCGCACACAUCUCCAUCUCCAUGUGAGAAAAGCGAGCCGUCUCCAUCCAGGCGACUGAAAAAUAUGCUGUUCGGACGCCUGACGUGUGACCGCACCUGCUUGUGAGUCCACUCUGUCACCUGGUUUUCGUUUUGGAGGAUUCCUCCCUCCAUCCACCGGAUCCCAUCGAACAGGCAAUGACAACGGUCUCAGCAACCCCGCAGCAGAUGAGGGACCGGCUGCUGCAGGCCAUCGACAGUCACAGCAAUGUGAGUGCUGCUGCUGCUAAUAGGCUAAGUAGCUAACAUUAGCUUGUUUACCUGCAUUCCGGCGUACUCGACAAGACAGUUUACUGCAACAGCUGUCAGUUGUUUGAGCUUCAAAAUGCCUGAUAGAGGAGUUUUGUUGAUAUCGAUCAGUUAAAGUGGUACUGAGAUACUGAGACGUUGAGCUCUUCAUUUGACAGCUAACUUGCAGAGUUGCUAACCAACCUGCCGUUAGCUGCUCUGUGUGGCUAAACUAGCCUAGCCAAAACCCUAAAGCGGGUUAAGUGUGUUCAAAGAAAUGUAAUGAUGUUAGCUGCCCGAGGGAUAUCUAUGUUAUCUUAAGGUAAAACUUGAAUGUAAAAGACAAACGUGGUUUUGCUAAGUUCUGUUAAACGCUAAUAAUCCCUUGUUGCUGAAGUGUGGAGGUGGGUAGCUAACUGCUAGCAUGAAUGGCUACGUUUUAGGAAAUACCCAGUCCUCCUUCACAAGUUGGUUAGCCUAAUUUGCUAACACAGGUAAGUCUGUCGACUUUUGAACGCUGUUUGGCUUACUCGACAGAAUACACAGCUCCCUCGAAAUAAAUUCUAUAACUUUAAAUCUUAUAGCUUUUACACUAAGUCGUUUGCAGUAGUCGGUUUUUUUGUUGUCACUUUGCCAUCAUUACUUUAAACGUCGAUCCGCCGUGGAGCAGACAGAGGAGCUAAUGUUUCUUACGUGAAUUCAGAAGCUAACUUUCAAUUCAAUAACUUAGACUGUCCAAUUGUUGGGAGAAAAAAUAUAUCAGUAUAUAUCUCAUAUCAGUAUCAGUCAUGAUUCAAGCUAAUUGAACACUCAUUGCUUCUGUAAAAUGAGGAUUUCACUGCAUUACUCAAUAGCUUGUGAGUUUUCAUGCUUGUUUCUUCCUCUUGUAGAUAUGCAAUAUGGUGGCUGUAUUGGAGGUAAUUACUAGUCUUGAAAAGUACCCAAUCACCAAAGAAGCACUUGAGGUAAGAUGGUGAAACUGAAAAUUUCUUUUGAAAAGAAAAGUGUUUCCAAUAUGUUUCCUUCAAGGUUUCCAAUAAUUAUACUUCUUUACACAGGAAACUCGAUUAGGAAAAUUGAUCAAUGAUGUGAGGAAGAAAACCAAGGAUGAAGACCUUGCCAAGCGUGCCAAGAAACUCCUGAGGAACUGGCAAAAGUUGAUUGAACCCGGGCCAUCUGUGUCUGCGAGUACCCCUGGCUCUACCAAUGGCAGUUCCCAUCCUUGCAGAACAGAUGCCUCCCCUCCUGACAUUUCUGUUUCUGGAAAAGGUGUGCCUGAAGUCAAAGUUAGAAAUGAUGUCCACAACACAUACUCACCAAAAGCGGAAAAAUCAAGCAGCCGCAAACGCCGAGCAGAGCACAGAGACAGUGGAGUGCACUUACCUGAAAAAAUCUCCAAGCUGUCUUCGUAUGAAAACUCGAUGUCACCACCACCCACCAAUGGCAUUGCAGGCAGUCCUGAUACCCUGCUGGACCAGCAAGUUAUCCCGUCUCCUGACAGAUCACGUUUAGAGCACCUUGACAAUGACAAAAUUAACAGAAUUCCAGUUAAUGCUGUCAAGCCUCGUCCCAGCUCCCCUGGAGUGGCCAAACUACCUAGCACUUCUUCUAUGAUCAAGGCUGCUGUGAUGCAACAACAGGCCCGAUUGGAUGAAGGAGGAGGGGGUUAUUACCAGGCCAAAAGCCCCCGUGGCCUCACAACCAGUCCAAGAAGCAUAAAGCAGGACACAGUGACCAAGCGCUCCUCAGCAUAUGCACCAAAAGGAACACCCAUCCCAAGCCCUUCCUCCAGGGACUCUCCCUUGUCUUUGUCCCAGCCAGUUUCUUCCCCAGCCCAAGCCUCUAAUGCUGACAAGCUGCCACAUUCUUCUCAUAGGUCUUCAAUGCACUGGGCGGGUUUGACUGAUGUCCCCUCUCAUUGCCCACCACAAGACAUAUCUGCAACACUGGAAUCCCCAUCUGUCUCUUCUUCACCUUCCCACCCUCCACUCAAUUCAGAACUGCACAGACCAACAUCUGAGGGAGCCAUGUCUGUGUCUGAUGACACAGAUGGGGCAACGGUUUCCAACUUGGAGCAUAAAAGGAGGAAGUAUAGAUCAAGAGACUACUCUGUAAACUUAGACGGCCAGAAAAUAGAGGACACGACUAAGCCUGUACGGUUAAAAGAACGUAGACUAACAUUUGACCCUGUCACGGGUCAGAUAAAACCUCUGGUACAUAAAGAACCUUCUCAAUCAGAGGAAGCCCCAACUCCUGACCCUGCAGAGUCUAGGCAAAGAACUGAAAGCACUGUACAACCGCCCCAUACCCCAGUCCAUGUCCAAACCUUAGCCUCUGCCCCUGCCCCUGCCCCUGUCCCUGCCCCAGGUCCAGGCCCAGGCCCAGGUCCAGGUCCAGGUCCCAGCUCUAACCCUUUCCAUCAGACAAACUGGAAAGAGCUGUCCAGAAAUGAAAUCAUCCAGUCCUACUUGAACCUUCAGAGCAAUGUGCUCACCUCCUCGGGGGUCCAGGCCCCUAGUGCACACUUUUUCAUGUCAGAAUAUCUGAAAAGGGAAGAACAGGAGAUCAAGGACUCGAGGAAAAUUCAUGUUCUGCAGACAGACAGCUCAGUAGGGGUUUUACCUGGUGUGAGCCGGGACGUGACAGACGAGGACCUGGGCAGGAUACACACACAGCACUGGCCUGGGGUGAACGGUUGCUAUGACACCAAGGGCACCUGGUAUGAUUGGACAGAGUGCAUAUCAUUGGACCCUCAUGGGGAUGAAAGCAAAUUAAACAUCCUGCCAUAUGUUUGCCUAGACUGAGGAGUUUGGGAAGGUUUGCUGUCCUUUUCCACUCCUGUCUCUGUCUCCACACAGAGACAAGAAACUUUGUGAUUUUGUUUGUCCACUGUGAGUUCGGCAAAAGCCAGGCCUGCUAAACUCCUACCUGCUUCCCCUCAUGCCCCAUGCCUCCUCCUCUUUCUGUGAUGAUCUAUUGAGAUUUUGGUAUAAAAAUAGAAAAAAAAUUAAAAGAAUAGUUGAGUUGUAAUACCAAGGGCUGUUUCUGUUUUAUUUUUCAAAAUGAAAGUUGCAGGAAUGACGAGGCCCUCGCUGCAGAGCACUGCUACUAACAAUGAAGGCGAGUAAAAGAGGACUGGUUUAUCCCAGAAAACCAGAAAUAGUAUUGCAAUGUCUUUUCUGUGUUGUACCUCUGCUUCAGGCUUCCUGGGAUGAUUCUGAAUUCUCUUUUUUUUUUCUUUACCUUCUAUUUUCUAAUGAGAAUCACAAACUCGUUAAAUUCGAGGGAAGGCUGGGGUUUAGCUGUCCUGUCCAGUUCGCCAUGUUGGUGCUCUGAGAGGUGUUGAUAGAGUUCAUCUAGCACAGAUAGAGCUAAACAUGUCCACGGUAUGAAGUACUGGAGCAUAUUUGGCAGUUACAAGAAGCUUUAUGUGAGAUAUCAAGAGUAAAUUAUAAAUUUCUUAUCAUGUAUACAUCUAUUUAUUUUUGACCAGUUCAUUUAUGGGACGUCCUUUCAAACAGACGUUCAGAAGCCUAUAGAUGUUUUCCUUUUUUUCCUGUUUGCAUCACAGUGUUGUCAGCUUAUAGCCUCCGAUUUUGAAGGGGCAUACAGAUUUUGUCGCAUGGUCUUUCUUUGAGAUUGGCCCAUGCAUUUGGUCAUUGACAUUCCAUACUCCACCCUUCGCCCACUUUCACUCUCUCUGGCUCAUUUCACAGCACCCAUAUGUCCGUGGCAUCUCAAGAAGAAUUGUGUGUUAAAAAUCGGAUGGGUUGCUAUUUAAAAGUUAGUCUUGAAAGAGAAAACACUCACCGUAUAACAGUUCUCCCCCUGAGAAGCUGAAUCGAAUUGAAGAAUGUCAAUAUCAGAUGGUGUUAAUCAAAAAAUUGCAUCAGAUUCAGGAAAAAAAAAGAAUUUUGAAUGCCAGGACUUCCAUUUGUUUCCAUUCCUUUAGAUCGUCUGCCUUCUGGAAAUCCUUUCCCAUAUUUUCCCAAGUUAAACCGCCUUAGUGAAUGUACAGGAUUGAGACCUCUUAAGCACUUGUACAUACUUUUACAACUUGUUGAUCAUUUCAUUACUGACUUGAUUCAAGUGUGAAUAGUGACUGAUGCUCCAUCUAUUUAUCUGCCCAUAGUUUAUUCAGAGUUUAAGAUACAUUUAAUAUUUUUGUGGCUGCUUCCAAGAAUUUAGACACAUUUAGGAAGCUGAUUGAAGUAGCAUUUCUUUUGCUUCAAUUUUUUUUAAAUACAAUGAAUAUAAACAGAAGAGAGAGAAAGCUGUGUGUAUCAGAUGUUCUUGGCAUUUUCCAUGUGACAACUAAUACUUCGGAUUUCCUUUUACAAAUCAGUCACUACCACUCCUCACAUGACUUAAAUCAAGAUUGGCUUCUGUGCAGCCUCUCUGUCCAUAUAUUAUUUCAGUCAUUCAUCCCUACCAAUGUGCCUUGGUAAAUGGUAAAUCUGGAUUUGCUUCUGCAUAUAAAACUCUGUGCUGUCUGUGGUGUGGGGUUUAUGCAAGAACUCCAAAUCCGGUGAUCAAUACGACGCUGGUAUAUGCACCAUUUCUGUUACUUUUUGUAUACACUGAUCUAGCGAGGGUGAAGCUGCAGACAAUGAAAAACUGCACAACAGCACAGCUGGCAAUAAAGGAAAAAGUGCUACAACUGGUUGAUAAGAAUCUGUUUUCUGGAGUUUUGACUGGGGCAUCUUUAUUUGUUCAGUGUUUAACAUCUCUCGAUUGUUUGAAAAAUAAAAUGAUCUAAAUCUUCUGCUCAGUUUACUUGCUCGUGGGUCUUUAAACAUGCUGUUGUGUUAUAAUCUUUGCACAUUCACCGGUCUGUUUGAACUCUUAAUACUUAAUGUCUGUUGUUUUAAAACCUACUGUGUAAAUUGCUGUAGUAUCAUGUACUUACCCAGUUCUUCCACGUGGGGGUGCACAUUUACCAGUAUUCUCUGUCCACAUCAGUGACAUGACAAAGGUGGGAUGGCAGUAUUUCAGAUCAGUGGAAGUUAAUUAAUUACUUUUAUUAUUAUUCAGUCCAAGUGGAAUGGACGGUCUUUUAAUCUUGAGAUUCACACUUACGAUAUAAAACAGAAGGAUUUUGAGCUGUAAAUAACAAUCGCAAGGAAACAGUCUGGUUUGUAUAAAUGUGCCCUUGUCAUCUGCACUGUUCUUCUCUUUAGCUGUCAUGUGUUAUGAUCAAUGCUUAGUAGACUCAAUGAUUUGAUAUACGUCACUCUGCCCUGACUCAGCCUGUUGAUGUAAUCUCAUAUGUGGUAUCAUUGAUGACUGUACUGUCAUCCCUUCAAGGUGUGUUUAUACUCAGACUCUGAGUCAGCCCUCUGCACACCUGUGUGACGUCAUCUCCAGGUAAACAUACCCCAAAAUGCAGCUGUUUUAAUAACCGCAGGCUGGAAAAAAACACCUGUGCUCGUGUUAAAAUGACAAAGAUUUAACACGUCAUUUUUUUCAGCUUGGAUUUGUCAAGGGGCAUCUCAAAGGAAUUAUCCUUACUCAGCCAAGACUUAAAGUGACUUUCAGUCUUUUCUCCAGAUAGCCCAGGUUAUUUUGUUUCCUUUUUUUGAUAGUUAAGACUAAUAGCACUAAGAUGUCUGAGAAACACACUAAACCCUUGUUUGAGAAGCUUUGCAUUUGUGUACAAAAUGACCUGGCUAGUUUUGUCUAAGGUUCAAACUAAUUUUAAAAAUAACCUGAGCCCUUUUGGAAAGUAACAAAGCAGAAUUCAAGUAAUACUGAUGAAUGAGCUAUCUUCAAACCUGGACACCGGUGGGCUCUUCACUGGAGUUUUAACUUCAAGGGUCUGUAGGUCUUGGAGGUGGAGUUGUACGAUUGUUACAAGUGAAUGCAUUUCUCACAGGGUCAGGUCUACCACGUUGUUUAGCUUUUGUAAAUCCAACAUUAACACAAAUGUUGUCGCAAGUGUACACUCAAUUGUAACGCUUUGAUUUGCUGUCAGAAAGCCUUUUCGUUUUUUUUUAGUUUACUGUACAGAGACACAACACAUGGACGCUAUCAAAGUUAAAGGAUUAGUAAUCAGGUUUAUAAUGCAGGCAAUAAGUCAACUUGACUGACACUGAUAUGAUAUUUUGUAAAUAGUGAUAUAUUUGCACCUCAGUUCGUGAGCUGUUGUAUUUGCAGCAAGUCAUUGCCACUGUCAAAAAUCACAGUACUUUUGUCUCUUUUGAAGCCCACAGGCCUGACCAGCUGAUCAGUGUGAAUCAGAUGGAGAGACAUGUAUAAGUUACAAACAAAGGGACCGAACUGACCAGGAUAUAGUCACAAUGGAAGAUAUAUAACACUGUCAUAAGAGGACAUGAGUAUUUUUGGGAAUGUACAAACUACUCAUGACCAGGAGAAAAUCAACAAAGAUAUAAGAGGUACAGUUUUGUCUGUAGGAACCAACGCAUACAGGAAGUUCCUUUAAGUAGCUUUAAGUAAUGUAAAACACAGCUACCCUCUGUUUACAGAGACACCAUAAAUCUGUUUUUGCUUUGAUAUCAAUGAAAAUUUCACUGUAAAAUGCUUAUUUUCAGCUUUCCAACC